GCUGCUUGUCGUGGACUCUCCUGAUACCUCUUUGAAAAGCAAUAUGGCUGUACUCAAGAAACUAAGUUCGGCCAUCACAGCAGACACACAGAGUUCUUUGAUAGACUCGAUCAAGAGAGUUUCGCUUGAGAAAUACUUAGAUGAGUUGAUCCCUGCAACGGCGGACGGGCUACUUUCUUUGAAAAAGAAGGAGACAUUGGCUGCUGUUGAGGUGCUUUCGGUGCUGCAUCAGCGAUUUUCGUCUCGAUUCACUUCAAAAUUGGCAUUAUAUUUUUUCCGUUCAGUUGAGGAUUUUAAGGAACCCGAGCAUCUGUCCGUCUUGGGCACUCUGAUGAGAUUGUAUUGUGAGAUGUACUUGGUUGAUCUGAUUCGUCUGGAUGAUAGUGUUGAUAAGAGCAAGCUGCCCCGUUAUUUGCUGAAAUCGGACAGGCCUCUUCUUCUGGCCUACAUCUCACAGCUACUCUCUCAACACGCUAAUAACAUAAAGCUGCUCCCGAUUGUUUCUGGAUUUGUUAGAAAGUUUGAAGAUGUACUUCUAUGCGAGAAUGAGCUUCUAGCGGCGUCAGAGAGACUGUCAUUAAUCAAGCUUUUCACUAAAUAUAGUGAACAUAUAUGCAAAGUGACCGAAAAUACACAUCGAGAAAUAUCUAGAUUGGUGGACCAAGUCAACGAGAUAUCAAGAAAAACCGGUAAAGUGCCAGAAUCACUUGAAUCUGAACUCAAGGAGAAGAAAGACGAGUUUGCCAGAUUGGAAGCUUAUUCAGAAUUUGCACAUGAGGUGUUUUCCAUUGAAAAACCCUCGCUGGCUCGGGAGGCGGAACCGACGGCCAAGAUCACGGCUAUUUCCGGACUUUCAGAAGCAAACCGUUGGGAGAGCGAGGAGCAACGCAAAUUUUAUGAAGAAGUUCCUGAGAUCUCUGAAAUGGUGGAUCCGAGCUUGCUUUUGAAAAGGGGGACAGACGUAGAAGAGAAGAAUGCUCGUAAAGAUGAGCUCUCCGCAUUCAUCGAGCAGCUGGACGCUGCUACCACUGCGGAGGAGAUAGAUAACAAAGCCAGUGAAUUUUGGCUGAAGGAAAUGUACACCAAGUCUGCGGAAAAUCGUCUGUAUCGCCACGCAUACUCUCAUAACGUUAACUCUAAAGCCUUUGCAAGGUUCCUAUGCAUCAACCGCAAUGUGUUCAAAGCUCUAAUUCAAAAAUUAGAAAACAAAGCUGAUGCGAUCCUGCAAGAUCAUCAGAUGAUGUCGCAUCUAGAUUACAACAUGGUCAGGCUAUAUUGCGAAAUGGUGAAUUUCAACUUAAUUCCUGGUACGAAGGUUUUAAAUACUCUGCGAGUGCUAGUGGUAAGUGUUGGGGAGGGGGUGGCUUUAGAUCUGCUGACGCUAAUAUUCGACUAUUCCAGAUUCACCAUUCUCUAUCGACCGGAGUAUUCUGAGGCCAUGAACAACUUGCUCCAUCUUCUUCAAAGCGUGAUAAGCAGGCUGCAAGGAGACCGUCAAAAAGCCGCACAGGCUUUUUUUACGUCGCUUGCCGUUGCUGAAGACAAGGUGCAGGUCGAAACAGCAAAACCCAAGAUCCAAUUCCUUGAUUAUAUGUUGAAACGGGCUCUGCAAAACCAGGUUUUCUUUUCUGUGUUUCUUGAAUUCGAAUGGGACCCCGAGUCGUAUUCCAAGAUCGUGGACUUUUUUACCCAUCCAGAGUCGAUAACUUAUGAUGAAAUCCCUACUCUAGUUUCUUUUCUUAAAUGGUUAGGUGAGCGAGAUCCAGUUCUAGUAACAGUUGUGGUUGAUGGCCUGAUAGAGGAAUUUCAAAAUGGCUUUGAAUUGAAUGAUUUCCGUCACAAUAGGAAGAGAAUGGCGAUUGCAAGCUACCUGGCGCAACUUGCGGCCAAGAGGUUGAUAACCGCCACACUUUUUCGAAAUUUAGUCAAAUAUGCGAUUUUCGAAUCUGUUCAUGGCGAUCCAUCUAACUGGUUCUGGGCAAAGAUGGUGUGCCUGUUUUUCGAACUGUCAAAGAAAAAUAUGCCGUUGGAGCUGAUGCUAUUUGACUAUCACCUGUUGCUCCAAGGUGAACUGCCCCUUGACCUGAACUUGCAAGUGGUCAAGUGUUUCGAGUCACGCGGCGUGAAACGUGCAAAUAGCGCAGCGGAGGCAGCUAAACGGAUCAGUGAACUUAGCCAAGCUGCCCGCCAAAUGCCUGAACCUGAGCAGGAAGAUGACGAAGAGCAGGAGCAGGAGGUAGAUGAGGUUUCGGACUCAGAAGAUACAGAAGAUAUGGGCGACUCAGAGACCGAGGAUGAGUCCGACGAGGACGACGACACUGAACCUGAGCUGGACGAGAACAUGAUCAACGAACAGCUCGAGAUGAGCAUUCAGUCAGAAUUUGACAGCAUGCUGGCUUCAAGUCUGAAAACUUCCAGCUCAGCAAACCCUCGGCCUCGUGGGCGCCAUCCUGUCGGCGCGCUUGUUCGUAAGGAACAAACGGAAAACGGAGCCAACAAGUAUACAUUAUUAGCGAGAACGGGAAACAAGAUUGCGGCGCGAAAGAUCGAGGUUCCCGAUGACGUGGACUUUGUUGCUGAACAGCUGAGCAACGCAGAGCUGUGGGAGCAGGAACGCGACAGGAUCAAGGACUUUGUGCUCAGUCAGCACCAAUGAUGUGCUUUUUGUGGUGCAAGGGUGUAUAUUAGAUCAAAAUACAAGACUCUGCUUUUUUCC